GCUCGCAUUUCGCUUACAAUGCAAAUUUCUGCACAUUCGAGUCUUCUACAGCUGAGUAGAAGCUAAGCUAAUACAUUCCUCAGCCUACUGGUAGAAAAAAAGCAGUGUCGAAGUUCUGCAUCGUUUAACACUGCGAAAUGAGCUCAACACACUGGGAGCCGCUUUUCCCACAUGAUGCCUUUUCCCGCACGGUAAUGGCAAAAUUAGACUGCAAGCGCAGAUCAGCCACAAGACCGCAUACGGAAAUUUUCGUGACUUACGAUGAUCCAAAACAGGAUGAAAAAUUUGUGAUCAAAGAAUGUUAUUCCAAAAUCGAUGCGAUCACUUUUAAAGAAACCAUGGCUAAGAAAUUUGAGCACUUGAUGCAGUGGAAUCAUUCCAACGUUAUAAAAUAUUUUGGGCUGGAGUUGCAGCAGGUCAAGGUGCUAUUCGAUAGCAAACUGAUUUAUCGUAUUGCUAGCCCGUACUAUACAGGCGGCGACCUGAAAAUGUGGGCGGAAAAGAACGUCACACCACCGAUGACUGGAUCGGGAAACCAUGGAGAAUUGCAUGUUCGGCAUGAUGCUGUUGGAGCGUUCCUUCGAGAUCUUUUAACCGGCUUAGAUUUUUUACACACCUCUGUUAAACUGGUGCACUGCGACAUUAAACCCGCAAAUUUGAUGCUGAAACAGGAAGGCCACCGUCAAGUCAUCAUUAUCGACCUAGACGACGCCGUGCUGAAUGACGUUGGGGGUGAACAGAGCGAGACAGACAACGCAUGUUGCACGCCGUGCUAUGCAGCUCCCGAGCUGAUUGACUGUACAGCACUAGAGGGCAUCGCCAAAGCCCCGCCGAUUUCCUGUAAAACUGACAUCUGGAGUGUGGGCUGUGUGGCGAUACAGUUGUGUACGGGCGCUGCACCAGUCGUUUGUCAGUGGCAGAAAGCCAAAGAUGCUACGAACGAAUGGGAGGGAUCGUAUUCUUUUGGAAAGCAACUGAAGACGAAAGAAAAUAUCCUCUACCAAGUGGCGAGACUGAAAGCCAAACCAAAGCUACCAGAUUUGGGAGACGACAAACUCGACCAACUGCUGCUUAGCUUUAUCAAAUCAUGUCUAUAUUUCGAUAUGGACAGUCGCAAAACAGCUGCGGAACUGCAGAUUGACGACUAUUUCACCCAGGUUAAUUAAGGCACUGCUACUGGUGUGAACGUUUCGCGCCUCCACAACUGCUUCAGUCAUUGUGUUUUUGUUAACGGUUCUGCAUUGUAUAAAAAGCGAUCUACCUAACUGACGUAAGAACUUUGAGUUUACUGUAAAUACAGCGAACGAGACCAUGCAAAGCAAGGUAUAGCGACAAGCCGAUGCUGCCGGCAAGAAUUUCUGAAAUCUUAUGUUAAGUCCUGUCAUCCUUUCUGGUCACAGCACUGGGCAUAUCCAAUACGUCAUCA